AUGGCCACCGACACCGACCUCGCGCAGCGGCCCUCUGCAACCCCGACGCUCAUGGACGCCGUUGCCGACCACCACGACAAUGGAGGAGCACCAAAGGAGAAGGUGUUGGCGAUGGACGCCGCCCCCGCCCCCACCCCGCACACCAAGCCCCACUUCUCCCAGACCCGCAAGUGGGUCCUAAUGUCCAUCUUCGCGUUGGCCAUGUUCAUUGACGUCAUGGGUCUAUCGGCAUUCUACGUCCUCACACAGACCGUCGCAGCCGACCUGAAUAUCAAGUUUGAGCAGCAGUCGUGGGUCAUCACCUCGUACGCCGUCACCUUUGCUGCCUUCCUCCUCUUAUGGGGGCGGGUGAGCGACCUGUACUCGGCGACGCCGGUGUUCAACUUUGCCUUCAUCGCCCUCGGGGUGCUGUCGCUCGUCAUCUCGUUUCUGCCCGACAAGUACUCGUUCUUCGUCUUCCGUGCCAUCGCCGGCAUCGCGGGCGGCGCACUCGUGCCCGCGUCGUACCGCCUCAUCGUGUACGUGUUCGAGCCGUCCGAGCUCGCACUCGCCUUCACGGUCUACGGCGUGAGCGGCACCAUGGGUAACAUGUGGGGCACAAUCUUUGCCGGCUUCAUCGAGUACAUCCCCCACUCGGUCGGCACCCAAAUGCAGUCCUGUCGCUGGUACUUCCGCAUCACGGCCAUCAUCAUUGCGCCGCUCGCCACCGCGUCCCUUUUCCUCACCCCGUACGCACCCGGCGACGAGUCGCAUACCCUCUCAGACGGCGAGCCCGACCCCACGCCCCGCUGGCGCCGCCUCGACCUCGUUGGUGCGCUCACCAUGCUCACCGCCAUCGUGCUCCUCACCCUCGGGCUCACCCUCGGUGCCAGCUACGGGUGGAAAAAGGCCGGCUUCCUCGUCCCCUUCCUCCUUUCGUUCCCGCUGUUCAUCGGCUUCUUCUUCUGGGAGGCUCAUCUCGAGCCCUCGUACGCCCUCAUCCCGGCCUCGACUUGGCGGAUCCCCAACCUCGCCAUCUUCAUCGCCAUGGGCCUGCCACUCUUCGCUUGGUGGGCUGUCAACUUCCUUGCGCUCAUCGAAACCUUCGUGCAGGUGUACCAUGAGCGCCCUAUCAUAGCUGGCGUACGCAUGCUACCCCAGGCGGUUGUUUCGCUCUUCCUCACGGCUGGCUUCACAUACUUCCCCCUCCUCAUUUCUCGCCCCUGGCUCACCGUCCUCGUGGGUGAGGCGUUUUGCAUCGUCGGAUACAUCCUGUUCACCCGCACGUCAACGUUUGUCGGGAAAGACUAUUGGCGCUUCAUCUUCACUGGCGGCCUCCUCGGCUCAGGGGGCAACAUGACCGUCUUUACCGCCGCCAACGUCGGUAUCAUGACGGCUAUCCCUCCCGAGAUGGCGGGCGUCGCUGGUGCACUGUUCCAAGUCGCCAUUCAACUCGGCGCCGUGGUCGGGUUCGCUACCCAGGCCGGCAUGCUGACCAUCAACCCUGGUGGAAUCGCCAACCCCGCCAACGUCCACGCAUCCUUCUACUUCCAGAUGGGCUGGAACGCGCUCUGGCUCAUCCUCUUUGCAAUCGUGUACAAGCGGCCAAAGAAGUCGACUCCAGAGCCCGAGCCUGAGGCCUAA